AUGGAAGUUCACGUUGUCUCUAAGCAGGACAUCAGUCAGCAUGCUAGUUUCUCUCUCCCCGCCAGUGCAACGCUAGGAGAACUAGGUCCCUCCUCUGUCCGCAUUCGACCUCAGAUUGUUAGUUUGGGGGCAAACAAUCUAUCUUAUGCCAUGCUAGGGACUGCAUUAAAGUGGUGGGACUUGUACCCCGUACAAGAGAACUAUCCAGCACCAUACAACGAUAAUUCCAAGUGGGGAAUCGCCCCAGCUUGGGGUUUCUCAACUGUUGUAGAGAGCACAAUUCCAGAAAUUGCACCAGAAACUCUUCUGUACGGAAUUUGGCCGACCACCGCAGUCCUCACGGACAUGCAGCUCGAGAAGACCACGCCACAGGGACACUGGAUUGAAACCAGUCCACAUCGCCAAACGCUCAUGAGCCUUUAUAACCAUUAUGUAGAGUCUCCACGGUCUAACCCCGUUUGCUCUUUGAGCAGUCUGAGCAAUUAUCCAUCUGCUGUAUCGCCAGAAGAAGCACUGAGCCAAUUAGCGUGGUCGUCAGUGUUCCGCACGUUAUGGACAUGCGGAUAUUAUCUAAGUGAACAUGUUUUCCAAGUUCACCCAGACAUAAAAACACCCGUUCAUCCUCUUGGAAAUCAAUUCCAACUCCCUUGGUCCGAGUCCGAUGCUGACUUGUCUUCUGCUGUUGUCGUCAGCCUCGGUGGAUCCACUAAGACCGCUCGUACCUUUGCUUACUUCCUUGAGCGGAAGGAGAAGACAGUGGCACCUCUCGGGUUUUUACAAGUGACUUCUGCAUCUGUAGCUCUUUCGGAGGCUACUAAGGCGGCUAAUCCCUCUUUUCCUUCGAAGGCGAUUGAGUACGCAGAUAUUGAGUCGGACGAAACUGUCGAAUGGCUCAGACAGCUCAAUCCUUCUAAGAUCAUCGUCCUCGAAAUUGGCGUCCGCGGAGAUGGCCUCGAUAGAUUGCUCGACUCGAUUAAACAGAAUACGGCACUGCAGUUCGCGAAUGUUGUCAUCAUAAAGAUUGGUAGCCCAACGAAGGCAUUGUCUGCGGAAGAACUCAUUGCUGCCGGUCAAGAGAUUGAACAGCUCGGAAAAGUCCGAUGUAAUACCUCUGGUAUGCAAGAUACGGCCAUUGAAGCCAUGGGUGCUGAGACUUUCUUCAACUCCAUGGAUGUGAAAUGGGAAAAGCUGUAUCAUGAUCGUAAGCUGUGGGCUCCUGAUCUUAAAAUUCGAUGGAGUCAUGGAAUCUCUGGCAGCGAUGGGAUUGAGUCUGGUUGGACUAAAAUCUGUCACGGUGAAGUCCUUGCUAAUGAGGCUUCGGUAUACCAGCUGCAGGAGACACCUCCAUACGCAUGA